CUGUCUAGUAACACGUGAGCACUGAGCGGAGUAGGAAGGAAGCACUGCCGCGAUGUUCAAAUUCACAGCCAAACCAUCUCCUCUCUCUCUCCUCUUCGCCUUCUCCUUCGCCAUUUUCAUACUCUCGUUGCAGACUCUCUUCGUCUUCAGCAACGCGUCUGAAUCUGAAGUCGAUGACGAAACACCUUUCCAGUACUUGGAAGGAACUGGUAAAGGACCUAGUAAAUGGGGCCAGAUUGAUCCGCAUUGGCAAGUUUGUGACAAUGGAAAGAUGCAGUCCCCUAUCGAUCUUCUUGACCAGAGAGUGCAAGUUUUUCCUAAUCUUGGGAAAUUGAAAAGGGAUUACAAACGAGCUCCUGCUACGAUCAAAAAUAGGGGACAUGAUAUUACUGUAACAUGGAAAGGAGAUGCUGGAAAAAUUAAUAUAAAUGGGACUGACUAUAAAUUGCUCCAGUGUCAUUGGCAUUCUCCUUCUGAGCAUACUUUCAACGGAACAAGAUACCAAUUGGAGCUUCACAUCGUUCAUCUCAGCUCCAACGGAAUGAUAGCUGUUGUUGGGAUUACAUACAAAUAUGGUCAUCCCGAUCCUUUCCUUGAAAAGCUAACAGGGCACCUUGGUGUAAUUGGUAAAGAAGAAAAAGACCUGGGGAUUGUUAACCCAGGUGAUAUUAAGUUUGGGAGCAGAAAGUACUACAGAUAUAUUGGUUCUCUGACAGUUCCUCCAUGCACAGAGGGUGUUAUUUGGACAAUAGUCAAGAAGGUGAGAACAGUAUCAAGAGAGCAAGUUAAAGCACUAAGGGAUGCUGUACAUGAUGGAUUUGAGGCAAAUGCAAGGCCAAUUCAGCAACUGGAUGGAAGAACAGUCAUGUUAUAUAAGCCCAGAGCCAAUCCAGGUUCUACUUGAAACUUAAACGAGAACCUUACUUUUGUAACUGAAGCUCUCUAUUUAUAAAAGUACUUGGGAAACUAUGUAAGAAUUAUCUUGUGGCUCAUGAUAAUUAAGGAACAUUUUAUCAGAUAUGUUUGUAUUUAUCUGAUGAGAUAAAUAAAUGAUUUAAUGAGAUAAUCGAUUACUAAAAUUCUAUUUGGCUUCAAAGAAAAAUACAACUCUUGAUAAACCUUGAUGGGAGGCUACAUCUACAAUUAUAAAUAGGAAUUUGG